AUGCCGAGAGGUUCCUACAGUGCAGCAGACAGUGGUGAAGGUCAUGGCACUGACUCUAAGACACGACGAGAAGCUCAACACUCAGGAGGAGACACUGCAUGGAGCAGGUGGUCCAGACUGACUGCAGUGUGUGAGAUGCUGCUGUGUGUUCUCCUGCUGACUGCCAUCACAGUGCUGUGGAUCAAUUACCACAUCCUGAAGAUAGAAAACCAGUCACUGACCAGUAAGUGCAACCUGACUAAAGAGAGAGACCAGUUACAGACCUGUAACAACAACCUGAAUAUAGAGAGAGACCAGUCUCAGAGGGAGAGAGAGCAGUUACAGAGGGAGAGAGACCAGUUACAGAGGGAGAGAGAUGAACUCCAGAAGUUUUUAAAUCUGGGAUGGAAUUAUUCCAGCUCCAGUUUUUACUUCAUCAAUAGUGAGCAGAAGACCUGGACUGAGAGCAGAAAGAACUGCACAGAGACAGGAGCAGACCUGGUGAUUAUAACCAGCAAAGAGGAACAGGAAUUCGUCACUAAACUGCGGGGUGGAGGACAAGCUUGGAUUGGUCUGAGUAACAGAGAGAACAAGUGGAAGUGGGUGGACGAUACAACACUGAUCACUGGGUUCUGGGAAGAUAAAGAACCAAACAGUGCUGCAGGAAAAGAUCGUUGUGUUGUAACUGGUAAAAUAAAUGAUCCUGUGAACAACUGGGGUGAUGUUCUCUGUAAUAAAACGUAUAAUUGGAUCUGUGAGAAGAAAAUCUUUAACUGA